CUGAUCGACAGAGCGGUGAAGGUUCUGGACCAGAUGCCUCCAUAUGAUACCCAUAAGAUUGGAGUGGUGUUUGUCGGAGCUGGACAGGUAUUCAACGAGGUGUCCAUCCUGUCCAAUGAGUAUGGUUCUAACCGCUACGCUGGCUUCCUGACCGGCCUGGGGAAGCUGAUCCACCUGAAGGACUGUGAUCCAGACCAGAUCUUCCUGGGGGGUCUAGACCAGUAUGGAGAUGACGGGGAGUUUACCUACUGCUGGCACGAUGACAUCAUGCAGGCCAUCUUCCACAUAGCCACCCUGAUGCCCAACAGAGACAGUGAUAAGGGCUGCUGUAACAAGAAGAGACACAUUGGAAACGACUUUGUUAUGGUGGUUUACAACGACUCAGGAGAGGAGUACAAACUGGGGACCAUCAAGGGUCAGUUUAACUUUGUUGAGGUGAUCAUUAAGCCUCUGGACUACGGAAGUAACCUGGUCACCCUGCAGUGCAGGAAAGGUGAGAGGAAGGGAAUGGCAUCUCUGGUCCACCAGUACAGAGCAAACCCUUCUGAUGCCUACGCCUCCAAGUGGCUGGCCAGACUACGACACAUCAAGAGACUCCGGACAAGGGCCCAGGAGGAGAUCCAGUCUCGUCCCACCCCCGGUAUCUCUCUGACCCAGAGCCACUCCUCCCAGACCAAACAGUCCUCCUACCAGCAGGUCAGCGGUGGAGGCUCCAACACGGACUCCUCCGGACAGAGGAAGAGACUGGUCUCCACCGUGGACGACUUCACCGACUUCGUCUGAGCCUUGAGGACGCCUUCCCAGUGUCAAAUGUCUAUACUAGUAUACUACUGCGGGUCAAAUGGCACCCUACUCCCUAUAUAGUGUGCUACUGUUGACCAGAGUCAUAUGGACCAUGGUCAACAGUAGUGCACUAUAUAGGGAAUAGGGUGUCCUUUCACACAUAGUUUGCAUCCCCAAUACAUUGGUUUCAUACUAUGUAGUAUGCUAGUAUGGAUAUUGUAACUGAGUGAUAUUUCUGAUACUGUUUCCGGUCCCCCUGCUCAAGGCAGACGUUGCCUCCCUCACCACAGAUCUAGGAUCAGGUUAUCCAAGUGGUUCUAAUGUCCACUAGCAGGAGGAUAAUAAAAUACCUGAUCCUAGAUCUGUGUUUAGUCAGGGACAACAUUGACCUGCUUUCGCUCUUUCUCUCUUGAUACACACACACACACACACACGGUUGAAUAACUCCCAUGAAUUCGUUGUGAUGCUGAUGAGAUGACCGAUACAGAUGGUGCUGCCUCACUAACGCUGCGUCCCUAUUGUCUUUCUAAUACUCUGUGCUUGACCAGGGCACGUGGGCUCUGUCUAAAGUAGUGCACUAUGUAGGGGGAAUAGGGUGCCAUUUGGAACGCAGAGAAUGACCCCCCGUGGCUUACACAGCCGACGCACACCCUUUCAUCCCUCUUCUCAUUUCCUUCUCUCAUCCCCUCGCAAAACCACUCAGAAGGAAGUAUGGUGAAUGAGAAACACGACAUUUGAAAGCUGUGUGUGUACAGAAUAAACAAAACAAAUAGCCAAUGAAAGUGUCAGUGUGUU